UUGGAAGGACACAGUGACUGAUCUGAAAAAGUUCUCGGAGAAAGUCCCCCAGGACUUUCCUGCUCCACACUGACUUCUCAGCUAGAGCUCUGUCAAGAUGGGAGACUGGAGUGCUUUAGGAAGACUGCUGGAUAAGGUCCAGGCCUACUCCACGGCUGGUGGAAAGGUCUGGCUCUCCGUCCUCUUCAUCUUCCGCAUCCUGGUCCUGGGCACCGCCGUAGAGUCGGCUUGGGGUGACGAGCAAUCUGCGUUCAAGUGCAACACCCAGCAGCCCGGUUGCGAGAACGUCUGCUACGACAAGUCCUUCCCCAUCUCGCACGUGCGGUUCUGGGUGCUGCAGAUCAUCUUUGUCUCCACACCCACGCUCCUCUACCUUGCCCAUGUGUUCUACCUGAUGCGCAAGGAGCAGAAGCUCAACCGGAAGGAGGAGGAGCUGAAGGCGGUGCAGAAUGACGGAGGUGACGUGGACAUACCGCUCAAGAAGAUCGAGCUGAAAAAGUUGAAGCACGGCCUUGAGGAGCAUGGGAAGGUCAAGAUGAAGGGCGCCCUCUUGCGAACCUACGUCGUCAGCAUCUUGUUCAAGUCUCUCUUCGAGGUGGCCUUCCUUUUGAUACAGUGGUACAUGUACGGCUUCACCCUGUCAGCAGUCUACACCUGCAAGAGGCUCCCAUGCCCCCACAGUGUCGACUGCUUCCUCUCCCGGCCCACAGAGAAAACAGUCUUCAUCAUCUUCAUGCUGGUUGUGUCCUUGGUGUCUCUGCUACUCAACGUGAUUGAGCUCUUCUACGUCUGUUUCAAACGGAUCAAGGAUCGCGUGAAGGGGAAACAGAACCAGUAUCCUACCGGCACCUUGAGCCCAACGCCCAAGGAACUCACUUCCUCCAAGUACGCCUAUUACAAUGGCUGCUCCUCCCCAACCGCCCCCUUGUCUCCCAUGUCUCCCCCAGGCUACAAGCUAGCCACUGGGGAUAGGACCAAUUCUGUUCGCAACUACAACAAACAGGCCAAUGAGCAGAACUGGGCCAACUACAGCACUGAGCAGAACCGACUGGGCCAGAACGGCAGCACCAUCUCCAAUUCCCAUGCGCAAGCCUUUGACUUCCCGGAGGACACCCAUGAGCCCAAGAAACUGACCGGGAGCCACAAACUGCAGCCCUUGGCUCUGAUGGACCCCCUGGGCCAGCACAGCAGCAACAUCUCCAACUCGCACCCGCAGGGCUUUGAUUUCCCCGACGACCCGCACGAGCACAAGAAACUUCCCACGGGCCACGAGCUGCAGCCUCUGGCUCUCAUAGACCCCCGGCCAUGUAGUAGGGCUAGCAGCCGGAUGAGCAGUCGGGCGAGGCCGGAUGACCUUGACGUCUAACCUUGCCUCCCUGGCUUGUCCGUCAAGGCACGGAACAGAAAGCACAGAGUCAUUCUCGUGCGCUGAAGGGCGGUACUUUUCCCCGUUCACUGUCCUCACUAGAGACUCUAGUAUAUACAGAGACAUGCGAAUACUCACCCUGCUGGAGGUACUAUCCAUUAACGAUGACAUUGAGACUAGAGGAGCUAACAAGCUUUAACACUAUGAAACAACUAGGGGUCGCUGCACACGAGACAGCAUUCUUACCACCUUGUUGUAAAACGUCUUGCUCUAGAAGAGUAUUUCUCUGUGAUAAUGUUUGAAUUGUCCUGUUUUACCUGUUUAGGGUUUUUUUCUUUUUUUUUUUUGGUAUGCCCGCAUAAUAACAUUCCUCUUAGAAAUGUUGCACUUCAACAUUUACCGGUGUGUCUGUUUUCAUGUCUUGAAAGUGGUCUGAAGAAACGUUUGGCUUCUGAGUCCCCAUCAUAAACUUUGUCUUUAAAAUGCAUUUAUGUCCAUCUUGUAAAAAGGAUUAUAAAUAGGUUCCUUGUGCUCAGUUUCCUGGAAUAAUAUUUAUUUAUUAGCAUGUGGAGGACAUCCAACACUAGAUGAACUUUGACUACUACCAAGGUCAUUUCCAUACUAAUAAUACAAAGGCCCAGCACCAUAUUUAUUGACAAUAAUCCAAAUUUCAGCAGUACAUUUCUUUGCAGUUAAGAGGUUGCUUUCAUUGAUUAUAGUGGACUGUUUCCUGAUAAACUUUGAAUUUAUGUGGUGUCAGUUGAAUUAUUUAGUGGUUAUUUUUAAUUUUAAUGUUUUUUUUUUUUUUUGUCUUUCGUUUUCUUGGAAAGCAGAGGUGUUCAAUUGUGAGACUUAAGAGCUGCUGUAGGGCAGACACACAGCUUAACUAUUUUGUCUUUCUUUUGCUAGAAUGUGUCCUGGAGUGUUGUUGAAAAGAAAUUUUAAUUUUUUUUUUUUUCCCUUUUUGUAUUGUACGUUUUGUUUUUCUUAUUUAGUUUUUUUUGGGGGGUUUCGGAGCUUGGUAGGAAGAAGUUUUCUAUUUUGCUUUUGGUGUGAACAAUUUAAAGAAAUCAGCGUAAUCGUUGCUGCUUGAGAGAUAGAUUUUUAGUACUGUAAAUCAAGCUAACUGUGUCACAAAUGUGAGUUUUUAGAAGACUGCUUAUAGAGCUGGACUAAUAUUUAGUCAAAUAUAUUAAAAAGGUAUAUGCCAAUGUAGCUCCAUAAUUACCAAACACUAGUAGAUGGUCUCCUUGGGGUUUUUUUUUUUUUAACAUUGCGUCAUAGUAUUUUUUGGUACUCAGACUCUAUGGGUUUUUCAGCUACAAUGGUGUUUGCACUGAGAUUUUUGGCUAGGGUGUAAUAUGAUGCAAAGUGACAAAGUGUUUCCUGAUAUGCAUGUUAAUAAUUUAUUGAACAAUACACCAGGCAGAAAAUCAAGACUUUCAAGCAGUGCUUUCUUCCGACAACCAAUUUGACUUUCAAAGGCCACUGAGAAGCCGUUAAGGAACGGCGACCCAGCAAACCCGGACACGUGUUACUCCGUCACAAAGUGCAGCGUUGGAACAUUAUUCCUCGGCAAUCCACUGUUGUACAGUGUGGAAGUGCAUGAUAGCAACAAAAUGUCAUUAAUCAUAUCUGUGAAAAGGCUAUUUUAACCAAUAAAGAUUUUUUUU